AUGGACCGCACACGCACCUCGUCUGGGUCUGGAUCAACCCGCGUAGAACUCACACGACGUCUGACAAAGCAAGUAUAUGUGGGCGCCAUGGAGGUGCCGCCCGACGCCGUGGGCAUCGAUAAACCUGCCCCCGGUCAGCUCACAGUCGCGGUUAAAGUGCGAGCGCUCACGCUCGACUCGGACCGCAACGGCGGCGGCGGGUUGCGCACGUGGCAGGAAUGGCGUACGGUUCAGAGACUACUGGCACUCGAGCGCGAGGCCGACAAUUACGUGCUUCGGGCGUCAUCCGCGCUCAGCAGGAACAGAGUCAACGCCGCCGGUCGCAGCAUCUUGGACGGUCGACGCCAUAUCAUCCGCUAUUAUACGACGAGCGUCGAGAGCGAGUCAUUCCGCCUUAUUAUGGAAUACUGUCCAGGCGGUGACCUGCUCUCUCAGUUGAUCAGUCGGGGAGCGCUGGGGCCUCAGCCGUCACAACGAGUCUCGCAACAGGAGGCGCGUCGCUGGGUGCUGCAGCUCGCGCGCGGUCUGCGGUACCUGCACGCGAGCGGCAUCGCACACCGGGACUUGUGUCCCGAGAAUAUUCUCAUCAGUAGGACGGGCGACGUCAAGAUCUGCAACUUCGGUGCUAGCACCACCCGAGCGGCAGAACUCUCGCGCGACCGUGUGGCCGGCAACCUACACUACACCGCGCCCGAAGCCGUGAGCGGCACCUGGUACGACCCCGUUCGUGCCGACAUUUGGUCGCUGGGCGCGGUUUUCUUCGUCCUGUUGACGGGAUCUCCGCUGCUGCGACUCCCGUUCCCAGAGUGCCGCGGUUUCGAACUCGUCAAGACUGUCGGGUGUCGGGGGGUGCUCAAGUUGUGGAAUAUGGACCAGCUCUUCUCGGCUGCGACGACGGAUCUACUCGCGAAAAUGCUCACGGUAGAUCCAGCCAAGCGACUGGGAAGCAUGAGGGAAGUUUUGGAGCAUCCAGCGAUGCUGGCGACAGCUCAUACUGAGCGUAGUCUCAUUGCUGUCUGA